AUGACCUCACAGUCAGUCAGUUCGCCACUUAUUGAACAGGCAACAUUCGUCCACGAAGCCAAACCGCUGGUCCUCAAGCCCUCUAAUCGCCGCCCACAAAGAGCUGUUCGUACCAAGAAACCUUUGAAAGUCAGCGUCAGACAGAAGGGCAUCAACAAACGGACAAAAGCCAGCAAUAUUAUGCCCAAAGACGAUACCUCCAAGGCCGUCCGGAUUGCGGUGGUGGUUGUAAACUACCUUGAUACAGACCCAGAAUUCAAGGAUAAAUCCCAACAACAGACGCACCUCCUUUCCCGAAUUUCAAACCUCAGCAAAGAAAUCAGGGCGUGUACAAAGGGUCUGAAGGAUGACUCCUGGAUCAUUUACAAUGCUUUGAUUUUACUCUUACGACUCAAAGUCAACAAACCUGGUCAACAACUCGGAGAUGGUCUAGAUCUAUUUUUCACGGCUUACAUUUUGUCUUUCAAAUACCUGGCGGCUGGAUAUGAAGAGCUCCGAUGGACCUUGGAGUCCUGGAAAAUACUCACCGGCAGCAGACACGAGCUCAAGGAGAUGGCCAAAAUGGACUUAGCCAUGUGUAAGGAUCUUAACUGGAACCUUGGUUCCCAGACAAAACUUCAGGAAUUCCGGAAGAAAAUCGAGAUCGACUAUGACAAAGGUCUAGAGGUGUCUAUAGAGAGUUACAUAUAG